AUGAGACCCUCAACCACACCAAUCCUCCCUCCAACCACAACCAUCCAGGCUCCUGGGACCAACCAGAGUGGGGCGGUGGGACUGCCGGAGCCAUCCUACACUGUCCUCAAGUUCAUGGAGAGCUUCUGCCUGCUGAGUGCUGCCUGUGGGAUGGUGGGGAACGGCCUGGUCCUGUGGUUCCUGGGCUUCCACAUCCGCAGGAACCACUUCACCGUCUACAUCCUGAACCUGGCGGCCGCCGACUUCGGGUACCUGCUGUGCAUCGCCGUGGAGACCGUGCAGUACCUGAUGCAGUUCAACGUGGGGGUGCAGUUCGGGAUAUUCCUGUUCCUGGAUCUCUUCAUGUACGGCACGGGCCUGUACCUGCUGACGGCCAUCAGCAUUGAGCGCUGCCUGUCCGUGCUGUCCCCCAUCUGGUGCCGGACACACCGCCCGAAGCACCUCUCUGCCGUGGUGUCCGGCCUGCUCUGGGCCGUGUCCCUGCUCCUGAACACUCUGGGAUAUGUUUUGUGCACCGUACGCCCCUCUCCCAGGGUCUGCCAAUGCCUGCUCAUCUCCAUUGGAGCUCUGGAUUUCCUAGUCUGUGCGCCCCUCAUGCUGAUCUUCAGCUUCACCCUCUUCCUGCGGGUCAAGUGCAGCUCCCAACCCUUCCAAAUGGGCCGGCUCUUCACCGUCAUCAUGCUCACCAUCCUCCUCUUCCUCAUUUUUGCCAUGCCCCUCAGCGUGCUCAUCCUCCUGGAUUUCCUGGGCCACAAGUUCCUGUAUUCCCCGGAGAUUGGCUUUGUGCUGUCCUGCGUCAACAGCACCCUCAACCCUGUCAUUUACUUCCUGGUGGGAAGCUACAGGGAUCGGAAAUUCAGGCUCGCCCUCAGGCUGGCAUUCCAGAGGGCUUUCCAAGACUCAGCGGAUGACAGAGAUGAGAGAGAAACCCGGGACACAAUAACCAUGUCCUCCUGA